AUGCCUGCCACCACCAACCCAUCAUCUGGUGGCGGCCUCGUGGUGAUUCACGUCGCACUAUUCCGAAUAGCCACCAAGUCGAUGGCGGAGGCUUAUAGCAUCCUCGGUUACAAAGUGCACCACGGUCGCGACGACGUGUUCAACAACCCCUGGCCACAGAUCGAGGCCGCCGCCGAAGCCACUUGGCCCAGCGUCCCUGGGGCGCGUCCGCGGGCACCAUUCACCAGGGCUGACUGGGACCGUCUGUGGGGCAGCGAAUUCGACAUCGUUACCGACAUGGCCUCUCCGUUCGUCCGGCAGCUGAUCGUCGCCUACCCCGACGCCAAGGUGGUCGUAGUGCAGCGGGACUUCGACUCGUGGUGGCCAAGCUUCACGUCCGAGCUGCUGGACAGCCUCUUCACGCACGCCGGGCGGCUGCUCACUUUCGUGGCCUGGCAUGCGGCGAACAUCCGCUCAGGAGCGGCGAUACGCAAGGUCCAUCUCGGGUUCUUCGGAGCCCGGUCCCUGGACGAUAUCCCGUCCGGCGCGGGCGAGGCUUACAAGCAGUAUUACGCGAAUGUGCACGCGCUUGUGCCGCCGGAGAGGAGACUUGAAUAUAAGAUGGGGGAUGGCUGGGGUCCUCUGUGCAAGUUCUGGGCGAGGUACCGAAUGUGGAUUUAUCGCGAUUGA